CUAAAUUGUAAAAUGAAUUUGAAAAGAGUUGCAUUUUUAUAGUACUUAUUUAACAAAAAGUUAUUUGAAUGAUAAGUUUAAAUUUUUGUUAUUUACGAGCAAAAUAUGAGAUAGUAGCAUGCUCAUGAGUCACGAAAUUACCUAAAGACUAUCGGAAAAUUUAAUAUCUUAUCACGAAAUUACCUCACUUUUCUCAGUGACUUUUAAACUGCAAUAGAAACGGAUCAAAGGUCACAAAAUCCAAUAUUAUGCGUACAUUCUGAUUCUCUUACUCCUUGUUCAUCAAAUAAUUACAUUAGUUAAAUCUAAUUACUAAAAUUGGAUGCAUAAUUAAGUUGUUCAUAAAUUUAUAACGAACGUGUCUUUCUUUACCCUACUAAUAUAGUGUCAAUGAUUGCGACCUUCUAUGUUGUCCAUUGUUCUAAUAUUUUAUUUUUACGCAUUAUAUUGUCUAUACAAGUUAAACAUUUUCUAUUUUCAAUAAAAAAAAAAAACAAAACAAAACAAAAAAUAUGUGUUCGUUAUUUGAAAUUUAAUGGAAAGUCGUUCGAAGAUUAUUGAUCUAACUAUACUUUUUUUUUAUUAUUACUCAAAAUAGUAAAACAAAAAAUAUACAUUUAAAAUUUGUACAGAGAAUACAAUAAUCAAAUAGGUUAUUAAAUCUAACAAUAAAAACACAAAAAAAAAAAAAAAUUUUAUUUUAUGAAACUAAUUUUUUACUAGACACGGGAUAAAUGUUAAGAAUGCAUACUAUACAUUACAAUAGUAUUAUUGCAUACCUUGUUAUUAUUGGAUUGGCAUCAUUUGUCUCAUCGUAAGUAAAAAACAAAAAUAUUAAUAUUUUUAAUUAUGUAUAAUUAUAAUAUAUCAGUGUUAUUAUUUCAAUAAUGAAAGUCAAGAAAUUGUGUGUAUCAAUAUUUUUAAAACAGUAUACCUACUUAAUGUGUAAAUUCAUCUUAAAAUUGUAGAUAGGUAGUAUACCUAUGAUAUGAUAUAAGUAGAUACUUGCCUAAUGGAAUAUUAUAAUAAAUUAUUAGUUAGGUAAGCAACAGAAAUUUAAAUGAUCCAAUAUCGACCUAUUAUAAGUGAAAAAUUGGUAAGGCAGGAUGUAGAGUACAAUUUAGUUUACUUUAAAAAACCAAACCUUAAAACAAUGACCAAAUUCCAGUUCCUCCUGAGAAAAGUGAAUAAAUCUAAGUAGUUAUAUUUACAUUGUGACCAAGUUUGUUCUUUCUUUAAUUCAUAACCUAAUUUUACUCCUACUUUUAUGAGCAACAUUGUCAUGGUUUUGGAAGUUAAGACCGAAAAUCGGUGUAUUUCUUCAGUUUUUUUUUUUUUUUGCGAAUGCUUAGAGAAAAUGUUUUAGUUCACUUUUUACCUCUUUUUGUCAGAGAGAAAUUGAAACCGAACGGUUUAAUACGGUUAUGUUCAAAUGUUUAAUGAUGUCAAAAAUAUAUGAUUUUUUUUUUAAAUUUAUUGAUAUUUUUACAUUUCGUAUCUGUAAUUAAACAACAAUAUAAUUAUUUAUUAUAAUUAUAAUUAUAGCUUUUCAACCAAACUUUAAAAUACGCAAAGUUACGCUCGUUACGCUAUUGCGAUACCCGGUAAAACAAGUACUAAAACUGCCUCUCUUUGCGACCGCAUUUAAUAUCCCAAUUUCCCGGCUUUAUCUUUUAAGACCAUGAAUACUGCUCUUUUAUUUAUAUUGCUUAAUAUUUAGCCAGUUUCUGUAUGGGUCAUAAAACAAACUUGGCCACAAUUUAGAUAUUGUGUCACUUCUUUUGGGAAAGAUUCUAGAACUUGGCACAUUUUUUACGAUUAGGUUUUUGUCGGAUUUUUUUAUGACUUCAGUAUCGUGUGGGCUUUAUCUUUGUUUUUCCGAAGCAUUAGUGUGAUCGGACCUAGAAAUGCUAACUUAAAAUAUAACCUCAUUACUGAGAAGAAAAUCGAACUUACUUAGUUCCAGUGACGGCUAGUGGAUAAAAUAAUUAGUGGUUCAUAUUUAAAAAAAAAUUGUAUACAAUUAGUACAGUGAAUUCAGAAAACAGGAAGUCAAAUAUAUAUUUUAUGGAUGUAUGUAUAGUAUACUUUCAACAAUACCUUUUCUAUUGCGAAAACUCCAAGAAUAAAAGAAACCCCUUGGUCCUUUAAGUUUCCCUACAAAGAGUUUUCACUGAAUUUGUAUUUAUUUAAAUAGGUAGGAUGUUCUUAAAUAGAAAAUUACAAUAUAUUAGGAAAUUAUGUUUUUUUUUUUUUUUUUGUUAUAUUAUAUUUAUUCAAGAAUAAAUGUAAACCGAGUCGGUUAGUAUUUUCUAUAAAAUAUUUUUGGUGAUAAAACAUUUUUUUUGAUCACCGCCUAGUAAAACUUAAUAUUAUUCAAAAAAAAAUAAUCAAUUCCUACUACAUGAUAUUUUCCGUCGGCGACGCAGAUGGCUGUACGGCGACCAGUGGUUAAAUAUUCAUCUUAGGAGAAAACAGAGAUAGCAGGAUGAGAAAACCUUGUAAAUCGGUUCAAAUAAAGAUACACUGUCACUAGCUGACUGCGUCAGACCAAGUUUCAAGCGCAAUGCCGUGUGUUCAAAUUUAAAAGUUCAGUUUUGAGAUUAUGUCGCCUGAAUUUCUAUGGUUCCAUUCCCCUUAUCAGUGAUAUGAGUUCAAAAUUAGAUAUCUAUGUGCUAUUAGUUGUAUUUUGUUCAAAACCGACGUAUCGUUAUUUUUCUAUGGGUUUUAAAUUAAGUAUUGCCAUGCCGUAUAUUAUGCAUUUUUUAAAAGGAUGUUAAAAAAGUUUCCUAAAAAAAUAGUUUUAUUAAGCAAAUGCUUGAAAAUUUAAAUUAAGGUUAAAAUACCGUGUAAUAUAGAGGUUUAUUUUCUUAUAAGAGUUUUGUGUUUAAAUUUCGAUGAAAAUUUUAAAAAUUACGGCUUUCAGAAUAUGUAUAAACAUCGCUCAAAACCAUUUUUUUAUGUUAGUAAUGGUUUAUCGUUGCUUACAGAUAUAAAUAAUACAAUUUCCUACCUCGUAAUAUACAAGUAUUUUUGAGCGGCUCAUAAAUUGUUAUCUGCAUAAAAUCAAAUGUAAACGUGAAAAUUUUAAAUACUUUUCUUUAGAUAGCUCAAAAAUUGACAGAAUAGAACCGAUAGAAUAAAAUUUACACUAAAUCUAAAAAAAAAAAAUGACAUCAUAGUAAAACUAAUCUCACUACACACAGAAUCUAAAAAAAAUUCCAGGAAAUUAACACCUUUAAUAAUUACAUAUAGUUUUUAAAAUGAUAUAAUAUACGCGUCGGUAUCGUUUGGUAAUUAUACUUGCAUUUGCUAUUGGGCUCCUGCUCGUUUUAUUCUUAUUUUGAAUAAAUUAUUACUAUUAAUGUUAUUAUUAUGUAGUUAAAUUUGCUAUAUGCGUGGUUUAUCAAUAUAAAUUAGAAUUAGAAAUUAAUUUAAUUUUUGUUAUUAUUUCAGACAUUAUAUAAACGUGUUACCAAAUAGAAUACUCGAGAUUGAUGGGAAAUAUAAUAUUACCUAUGAAGGAAACCUAACUAUAGGUAAAUAGACAUAUUAUAUUAAAUUAAUUAUGUCUUGAUAAUAUUAUCAUAAUCAUUUCAGUACCUUAUGGUGAAAUCGAAAACGAAAUGAAAGACGCUUCAAAUAAAACUAUUAAAUGGCGGAGUCUAUCUGAAGAAUUAAAUAAUGUUAAAUUAAAUAAAGAAGAAGGACAUGCUAAAGAGAAGUUGGACGAAUUAAAGGAAAUAGAAAGAGAGGAGAAAAAAGUGUUGAAUAAAAAAAAUAAUAAAAAGAGAGAGGUAUUAGGAUACAGUGAAGAAAAUGAUGAGGUAAAAGAUACAGGAAUGUUAUAUUACGACGAAGACAAUGAAAUAAAUCACUUACGAAAAAAAUAUCAAAGAAUGAGAGAGGAGAUAGAAGAAAAUGGUAAAACAAAGAAACAAGAGUUAUAUAGAAAAGAGAAAGAAGAGGAAAUAAAGAUAGAGGCGUUAGAUAAAGAAGAAAAUAGAGAAAAAGCUAUUUUAUAUGAAAAUGAAUAUAAUGAAUUAGCACUCUUACAGAGGAAAUAUCAAAAUAAGAUAUGGGAGUUAAAAAAAGAAAAUGAAACAGAAAGAGAGAAGUUAGAGAAAGAAGCGGAAGAAGUGGAAAGAAAAAGAGAAAAAUUCAAUGAAAAAGAGGAAAGAAAGAUAGAGGUGUUAAAUGAGGCCGAAGAAAAUGACAAAGAUCAUAUAAAAUACAAAUAUCAAAGAAUAAAAGAUGAAAUAGAGAGAAGGGAGUUAGAGAAAGAAGAGGAAGAAGUGGAAAUAAAAAGAGAGGAAUUCAAGGAAAAAGAGGAAAGAGAAAUAGAGACGCUCAUUGAGGCUGAAGAAAAUGAAAGAGUUCAUAUAUUGAACAAAUAUGAAAAAAAGAGAGAGGAUUUAGAAAUAGAAAAGGAAAUAAAGAGACAAGAGCUAGAGAACAAAAAGGAAAAAGCAAAAAGAAAAAUAGAGAAGUUUCAAGAAGAAGAGGACAAAAAGAUAGCGGUAUUAGAUGAGAUUGAAGAAAAUAAAAUAAAUUACAUACAGGCAGAAACCCAGAGAAAAAUUGAAGAAUUACAAUCCGUCAAAGAAAGAAAACUGAAUCGAUUAGAUGAAAUAGAAGAAAAUGAAAGCGAAAAUGAAAGUGAAAAUGAAAACGAAAACGAAAGCGAAAAUAAAAGCGAAAAUGAAUAUCUAGAUAGCUACCAAUAUCUGAGUUGAAUCAAAAAUAAGCCAAAAUCAAAAGAAGAAGAGUCCCAUAUAGAAAUGGAAUACUGGGCACAAAUGUCCAUAUUAUUAAUAAUAUUAAUAUUGAGAAUAAUAUAAUGUCAUAUUUGAUAACAAUGGGAGUGAUAUCGUUAAAAUUACAGGGCGUAAAAAUAAUAUUAUAAUUAGUAAUAAUAGGAAUAUUGGCAAUAAUAAUAUCAUAUGUUUUAUCAAAAAUGGAAAAAUAAAUUCCUUAUUAACAUGUAAAAGUGAGUAAUGUCACAUUAUUAUUGAUUGAAAUUAAUACAAAAAAAAAAAAAAAUAAAAAAAUAACAAAUUUUGUCAUAAUAAUUAUAAUAAAUAAAAAAAAUAUAUGUGUAUAUAUAUAUAUAUAUUACAUACGAUAUAACAUUAACAUAACUUGAAUAGAUGUGAAUGUACCAUGUCAAAUUAAACGUUCAUCUUAAUUAAACGUAAUAAAUACACAAGAGUGCGAUUGUAAUAAAUCAAUAGCUUUAUACGCAUUUAAGAAAACGAAGGAAACUAAAUCCCAAAUAUGUUCAUAAAAUAAGUAUUUUAGAUUCUAAGUGGAGCGAAGAAGCUUAUGGUUUUACAGAGAUAUUUUUUUUUUUAUGUGAACAUUUUUUCUACCAGACAGCUAACUCUGAUGUACACGAUGUAGAACCUGUUCAAAAUUCAAAAAUUUAACUUAAAAACUACAGCCUUUUUACGGAUUUCAAUCCCUUUGAGGAACAUAAAGUGAUUGACUUAUCAUACCCAAAAUUUACAAAAAAUAAUUGAGCUCGUGAAUUCAAAUAUUUGACAUUUAUUUUCAACACCUAUAGGUUAACAUCAUACUAGUAUAAAUAUAAAAAGACCUAUACUUCGCACGAUGGAUGGACCAGUAUUGGAGAUUGUUAACAAAAAACGAUUCUGAGCGGAGCUUAUUUAACAGUAUUGUUUUUAGAUUCUGAGUGGAGUGAAUAUAUAUAUAGUUAAAAAAUAUAUAUAGUUUUAGAAAGACUAACUCAGAUUUUUUAAUGUAGCAACUAUUCUGAAAAGAAAUCGGUGUGGGGAGGUACUUUAAGGAGGUAAUUUUUCAAUUUUCUCAGGAGUUUUCUCAACAAAUUUAAAAAACUCUAAUAUGUACGAAAUAUAUAACUAAAAUAUCACGUUUUUUUUUCUAUGCACAAAUUUUCUACCAGCUUGAAAAAUCAAAAGAAAGUGCUAAAUUGAAAAUCAGAGCAUGAUUUCCUCUAGAAUUUUUGUGUACGGUAAAAAAAAAAAUAAUUAAAUAAAUAUUAUUGUAAACC